AUGGCGACCAGGAGAACGCUCCUCGCCACGACUCUGGGCGCGGGCCUGCUCCCGACGAUCUCCAUGAGGUCGCGGGCGGGAGCGCUGUACGACGAGUAUGCCGAGGAGUACGACGGCCUGGAAUCCGGCCGGGCAGCGCAGCUCCUGGGCCUGGCAGGCCUGCGCGGCCGCCUGGCGAGCAUGGCCCGAGGCGACGCGCUGGAGAUCGGGGCGGGGACGGGGCUGAACCUGCCCUGGCUCUUGGCCCGGCCCCUGACCUCCUACACCGCGCUGGACCUGUCGGGCGCCAUGCUGGCGGGGGCGCGGGCAAGGCUGGCGCGUGCGCCGCCACCGCCCUUCCCCGUGCGCUUCGUCGCUGGGGACGCGGCGCGCCUGCCCUUCCCCGCCCACUCCUUCGACUGCGUGCUGAGCAGCUACGCGCUCUGCGCCAUGGACCGACCCGACGCCGCGCUCUCCGAGGCGCUGCGCGUGCUGCGCCCCGGGGGCCAGCUGCUGCUGCUGGAGCAUGCGCGCAGCGAGCUGUGGCCCCUAAGCUGGUACCAGGACCGCACAGCGCGCGCCGUGGCGGCCCUCAGCAAGGGCUGCCGCUGGGACCGGGAGGUGGGGUCGCUGGUGCGGGCCGCGGGAGGGGAGGUCCGGGCCCUGGAGCGCCACCUGCUGGGCACCGUGGUGCUGCUGGACGCGGAGCCCCGUGCUUGA